AUGUCCGGCGCAGCAGCAGGCGACGCCGCCACCAAACAAGCCACCGUCUCCGACAACAAAGACACCUCGAAACCGCUCCAAGCGAACAAACCCGCCGCGCAGCUCGAGGAGGACGAUGAGUUUGAGGAUUUUCCUGUUGAAGACUGGGCCAAAGAAGAGGAAGUCGGCGCACAAACCAACGGCAGCUCGCAUCUCUGGGAGGAGAGCUGGGAUGACGACGAUACCACGGAUGAGUUUAGCGUGCAGCUGAAGGAGGAACUGAAGAAGAUGGGAAAGUCAUGA